AUGAAUAAACUGUGCUUGCUGACUGGGAACUGGAGGAACGACCUGGGCUCCAGCAUGAUCAUCGGGGCUGUGAAUGACAGGGGCGAGUUCAGCGGCAGCUACCUCACAGCUGUGGCAGACGCACCAAAUAACAUCACAUGGUCACCGCUGCUUGGGAUCCAAAACAACACAGUCUGCCAGCCCACCUUUGGCUUCACAGUGCAAUGGACGUUUAUAGAGUCCACCACUGUCUUCACGGGCCAGUGCUUCAUAGACAGGAAUGGGAAGGAGGUCCUGAAGACCAAGUGGCUGCUGCGGUCAAGUGUUGGUGACAUUGAUGAUGACUGGAAAGCCACCAGGGUUGGCAACAACGACUUCACUCGCAUGCACACAGUGCAGAAUGAGGAUGACCUCGCCAGUCCCACAUCAGCAACAACGCUGGAGUGCUGA